AUGCUUUUUCUAUUCCUGAUUGACUUGUUCAUAGCCUCUGCUUCUGAGUGUGAAAAUGCUAGUGAUUGUGAAAAGUGCCUUACCGAGUGCUACAAGACACACUUUUGGUGCGUCGAUGAUAAUACGUGCCGUCCAUUAACUAGCACCGGAGCUGACCUCGACGACAGUAGCGCUCCAUUUGGUACAUGCAGAUUUUAUGAAUCUCACGAUCUUAUCUUCAAUGCAACGGAGUGCUGCUCCACGAAGCCCGAUUACACUAGUUGUACAAAAGGUUCAUUAGUAUCGUAUUGCCAGUGGUGCCCGACAUCGUCUCAUGGCACACCACAGUGCCUCUAUAAGUAUGAUACGACUCACAAGGCUAUGGUGUGCGAUGUCCCUCCAGAGUCGUUUGCCAAGUGCUCGGGAUUCACGUCCUGCACGGACUGCACAAAUAACCUAUUGUGUGUCUGGUGUGAAGAGAAUGGAUCCUGUAUCCCCAAGGACUCUCAAGAGGAUCCGCAGUCAAGUUAUUACUGCAAAACAACUACGGACAAUUGCUGUUUUGACAGAAGAACGUGCGAGGAAUGCUCCAAUGACUCUGGGCCCUUCGACCAUCAAGUGUGUGUUUGGUGUAACGAAGAGAAACAAUGCAAGACGCUUGCUGCCGCUUUGACAACGUGCAACUCGACCAACAGGCUGGGAGUGAGGUACUGUGAAGACAGGUGCUACUCCAGGUCUUCCAGCUGUUCGCACUGCGUAGCAGAUCUUGGCUGCAUCUGGAUUAGUAAUCUACACUGGACGCAGUCUAUCGGAGUCCCUAAAGACCUCACCGAGCUCUGCACAGCUGGAUCCCUUUCUGGCCCCAAAAGCAAAAUCAUCAAUUACCAAUCUAGCAGCACUGGUCGCUAUGAAUUCGUGGUGCAAGAGUUCUACCAUAUGAAUUGUUCACUUAAGUCGUCCUCCUUAAUUACUUUGAUAUCUGUUCUGGUGGUGUCCAUCGUAGCACUCAUCAUCAUUAUCUUAGUUAUUACCACAAUAGUAAAGCGUCUAAAGUACGCCAAGGCACUCAAGAAUGCACGCGAGGAAGCGGCUAUCAUCCCCCAGGACAACGAUGGACAAGAGGACAGCGAUGAGGCAGAGCGUAAUGAGAUAGCCCGAUUAGUUAAGCCGGUGUCCUGGGAAUAA